AUGGACGUGGACGUGGACGUGGACGUGGACAUGGACGUGGACGAAGACUUGGACGUGGACGUGGACGUGGACGUGGACGUGGACGUGGACGGGGACGUGGACGUCGAGGUAGACGUGGACGUGGACGUGGACGUGGACGUGGACGUGGACGUGGACGGGGACGUGGACGUGGACGUGGACGUGCGUGGACAUGGACGUGGACGUGGACGGACGCGGACGUGGACGUGGACGUGGACGUGGACGCGGACGUGGACGUGGACAUGGACGGACGCGGACGUGGACGUGGACGUGGACGUGGACGGACGCGGACGUGGACGUGGACGGACGCGGACGUGGACGUGGACGUGGACGCGGACGUGGACGGACGCGGACGUGGACGUGGACGUGGACGCGGACGUGGACGUGGACGUGGACCUGGACAUCGACGUGGACGUGGACGUGGACGUGGACGUGGACCUGGACAUCGACGUGGACGUGGACGUGGACGUGGACCUGGACGUGGACGUGGACCUGGACGUGGACGUCGACGUGGACGUGGACAUGGACGUGGACAUGGACGUGGACGUGGACGUGGACGUGGACAUGGACGUGGACAUGGACGUGGACGUGGACGUGGACGUGGACGAAGACGUGGACGUGGACGUGGACAUGGACGUGGACGUGGACGUGGACAUGGACGUGGACGUGGACGUGGACGUGGAGGACUUGGACGUGGAGAUAGGCGUGGACGUGGACGUGGACGUGGACGUGGACAUGGACGUGGACCUGGACAUGGACGUGGACGUGGACGUGGACCUGGACGUGGACAUGUACGUGGACGUCGACGUGGACGUAGACGUGGACGUGGAGAACUUGGACGUGGACAUGGACGUGGACGUGGACGUGGACGAAGACAUGGUCGUGGAUGUGGACGUGGACGUGGACGUGGACGUGGACUUAGACGUGGACGUGGACGUGGACGUAGACGUGGACGUGGUCGUGGACGUGGACGUGGACGUGGACAUGGACGUGGACAUGGACGUGGACGUGGACGUGGACAUGGACGUGGACGUGGACGUGGACAUGGACGUGGACAUGGACGUGGACGUGGACGUAGACAAGGACGUGGACUUGGACAUGGACGUGGACGCUCGCAAGUUCGUGGACGAGGCAGGCUUCUGGACCAAGCAAGCUCUUGGACCACGCAAGGUCCUAGACCAGGAAAGCUCCUGGACCAGGCAAGCUCAAAGACCAGACAAGCUCAAAGACCAGGCAAGCUCUCGGACCAAGCAGGCUCGUGGACCAGGCAAGCUCCUGGACCAGGCAAGCUCCUGGACCAGGCAAGCUCCUGGACCAGGCAAGCAAACGGACCAAGAAAGCUCCUGGACAAGGCAAGCUCCUGGACCAGGCAUGCUCGUGGAACAGGCAAGCUCCUAG